CUAAAUAAAGAGCAGGGUAUCCCCCCAGCUUUAUUUCUCGUCACAAAUAACUCAGCAACUUGCUACCUCUCAGCUACAAUUGCAAUUCUUGAAAACUACGCCAAUCAUGCAUUCAAUCCUACCCAUCGUCGCGCUCCUGGCCGCCGGCGCUAAUACUGUCACUGCGGGUAGCUACGCUGAAAACUACCCAAACCGCAUAUAUCUGAACUCGAUGUGCCUUCCCACUAAUGCUAAUGCUAACGUGGAAGGAGGCAUACCAGAGGCCGAAUGGGUCGCCGCAAUGGCCACCUCUCCCUUUCCCUGCGAGCAAAGAAUCUACCUCGAGCGGACGUGUUUCGCCAACGGCACCACCACUAACGACUUCAUCGCCGAGCAACAGUGCCUCUGCGGUGGCAAUUACUUUGAGGCCCUUUCCGCUUGCUACGACUGCCUAAUUGCGCAUGGUUUGGUCGUCACGCCAUCUAGCCUUGCCUCAUAUUCUAGCGCAGUUUCUAGCUAUAGCUCGGCUGAGUGCUCGGCCUCGCCCGUGACCCAAGGCUACACCAACCUGUUCACGGUCAACACGUCAACCGGUCCAUUUCUUGACUACACGGUCUCGCCCGACCCCUUCGCCAACGAUACGCGCGUGGCGAAUUACUGGACUGGCCCGACUGCUCCGGUAGCGGGCAAGAUUACGGGGAGCGCCGUGCAGCACCAGAGCAGCUUUACAAAUGUCGAUAAUGUUAGAUUUACGCCACCUGGUGCUGUUACGACGGGAGGCAGCGUGACAACUCCAUUGGCGACGUCCACGGGAGGCGCGGUUAAGGUCAGGGUUGAGGGAGGGUUAAUCGCUGCGGCGAUAGGGGUGCUUGCGGCGCUGUGAGUGGUUGCUAGAUAUAUGUGUGGUUGUAAAUAGCAUGAAG